AUGGCAACACCAUUACCGCCCAUACCCGAAUCGUAUUAUGAAAACUUCCUUGAAAGCUUGGCGCAAAUUGUGUCAAAGCUACUCACCGAUAAAGAAACGGAGACGGUGCUUGCUUCGAUCCGCUCAUUCCAAGACAAGCUUAAACGACUGAGCAGCCAAAACUUGGUCCGUUUACAACUUGAAGCUACUGCCGUCAAGAAGCAAGAACGUGGCGAAGACUAUUGUCAGCAUGAAGGCAAGACGUGUACCCAAAAUUGCGUACGAGGAUUCGUUAAGGCGUUUGUUGUUGGAUUUGGCAUCAAGUACUUGAUUGGAUUACUGCCAUUGAUCCUCUCUGGAAAGAUCUUUAAACGACCAGGGCUUUUAAAGCAGUUGGCAGGACGAGAUACGACGAUGUUUGCAUUGUUCUUGAGCACCUUUUUGAGCAGCUACAAGGGCAUCCUUUGUCUAUUACGCCGAUUCCGUAAAAACCGUGAUCCCGGUGCUGAUCGAUUGAACGCCUUCAUUGCUGGUGCUGUUGCAGGCAUGGCACUCUUCAUUGAUAAGGAUAAGCGUCGACGUCAAUCCAUCAUGUUGUAUCUGUUGACUCGCAGCAUCCAAUUCUCGGGCGCUUGGGGUAUGAAGCAAUGGGCCAAACAUCGCAAGGUCAAAUACAAUCGCGAAUUGACACAGCUCAAGGAGAAGAUUGAUCGAGAAGGAUUUGCACCUGGUCAACCACGGCGAUUGGAAGUGAAAAAGCAUUGGGAUGAUCGUAUCGCAAAAUUCAUGCAACGAUGGGCAGGUGUGGCUGUCAUGAUGAUUGCAAGCUCACAAAUCAUUUACGGCUUUUUGUUCCAUGGAGAGACACUUCCCAAGUCAUACUAUGCUUUUCUUCUCACACACUCUGGAUGGAAAGGUGACUUUGGUGGCAUGGCUGCACCAUUGACACAAGCGAUUGGUGAUACGGUGGCACGGCUUGGAGAAGAAAAGGGUUCGAUUCGUUUACCACCUGGCAUGAGUAGUCGUGAAUUCAUUGCAGAGAACGUCAGCCCCAAUAUCGCCACCAUUAUUCCUCCCAAGAUUCGACACAACUUCAUCAUGUGUGCAUUGCAACACCCCUUGGAUCCAAGUUGUACACGAAGCAAGCUUACUUUGUUCCGCGAUGAAUAUUUCCGCGCCCUCAAGCUCUAUGUUCCUCUCAACGUGAUCAUGACACUUGUAUUCCGAUCAGGUCAGCUCACCAAAGAUCCUUCAAACAUUUCCCGCAAAUUCGCCUAUUCGGUCUUACGAUCCAGUCUUUUCCUCGCCAUGUACGUGGCAUCAGCAUUCGCUACACCUUGUGCAGUACGACCUGUUAUACAAAAGGAACGAACAUGGAUAUACCUUAUCCCAGGAUUGGUUGCUGGUGCAAUGACAGCCAUUGAAGUCCCAAGUCGUCAAUUGGAAUUGGGUCUAUACUGCUUGCCACGUGCCAUGGAAUCAUGGUGGAAGCUUCUUGUCAAGAGUGGAUACGUUCGCAAUAUUCCCAACGGUGAUGUCGGCUUAUUCAUGUUGGCGAUGGGCACCCUUAUGACAAUGUAUCAAAACGACAAGGAUACUAUCAGCUCACAUUACCUCAACGUCAUGACCCGCUUCUUUGGUCACAAUUGA